CCUUAAAAGUUCAAGUAAAGAUGGGAGAGAGAGGUAGAGAGAGAGAGAGAAACCAAGGACUAAGGACUCGAGACAGGAGGACAGCACAGAGCAAGAGCAGGUUUAGAAGCCAAGGACGAGGAGGGUUUACACAUGGAAAUCGAACUGCAAAAGGACAAGGGAAGAGAGACGAGGGAGCAAGAGUUUUCGAUCCUAGGGUGUAUAACCAAGCCACUGCAUAUUUUUUUACAAACUCUUCGGCAGAAUGGACUUUUGAACAGAUGUGGAGAACAUUCAAGAAGUUUGGCGUAGUUUUAGACAUUUAUUGUCCGAACAGAAAAGGAAAAGAUGGCAAAAGGUUCAGCUUUGUUAGAUUUCAGGGAGUUGCAGAUGAAAUAGCACUGGAGAGUCAGUUGGAUAUGAUUGUCGUUGACGGAUUAAAGCUAAGAGUAAACUGGCCAAGCUUCAGCAAAAGCAGGAGAAACAUGCCACUCGAAACUAAGAAAAAACAGCCAUCAUACGAAAUGAAAGGGAUAAAAGAAGCUUCGCAGAAGUGGUUAGAGGAGCGUCGAUCCCAGGGGAGAAGGAGAGCACAAGGGAUUAGAACUCGUGCAAUGGGUGGCAAGCUUGUAUUGAUAGAUGUUGAUGACAAGGAAGAACUCAAGAAUCUUGUAGAAACAGGGAAGGAUUGGCUCAGACAGUGGUUUGCCGAGAUUAAAGAAUAUGCACCAACAAUAAUUGCAUCGGAAAGAUUCGUUUGGCUGAAGAUCCAGGGUGUUCCGCCGAACAGCUGGAAUUCAAAAUUUUUCGCAACAAUUACAACAAUGUGGAGAAAGUUCAUUUCUUUAGAUGAUAGCACAAGGCUCAAAAAACGUUUUGACAUAGCUAGAGCUCUUAUCUCCACUCCAGCAACAGAAGCUAUCUCAAAAUCCUUCAAAUUCAAAAUUAAUGAGGAUAUGGUGAACCCAAAUGAAGACGAAGAUGCAUGGUCCUGGGAUAGUGAACUGGGAGAGUUACAGAGGGAUGAAUUCUUUCAAAUCCAAGAAGACAUUGGUGAAGAUGUUGAUGAGACAACCUGCAAGACCUGGGUGAAGGAAAAAUCGUUUGCUUUUCAAAAUUUUCAAAAUUUUGAAAAAAGAGGUGACGUCGAGGAGAAGGAAGCAAGCAUUAAUGAAGGAGGUGGCAGAUAUAGAUUACUACAAGAAAUAGAAGGAAGGGAAGGGUCAAUGGAGAUGGUUGGUGAUAGUCUACAGGCGGCGCAAGAAAAACAAAGCCAUAAAUGCAUGAUGUUUUCCAAGGAAGUCGGUGCAGGUAAAAAAGAAAGCAUGGCAGGGGAGAUCUAUAGAGGUUCAAAUGGUAGCUUUGGGAUUGGUGUUAUGGCACAAAUGGGUUUUAACAAAAAGGAGAAGGACGUAGAGACAAAUAGGAAGAUGGGCCGGUCCAAGGAAAUUAGAGAAAUGGUAGCAGAAAUAGAUUUGGGACAAUGUAAAGAUAACCCGUUGGACUGUUCUUCUUUGAUUAAUGGGCCUAUGAAGGAAAAUAAGGAGGGCCCAAUGGAGGACACAAAUUUUGUAAUACCCUGAAAUUUUGUGAUAUUUAGCAUUAAGUUAAGGACUUU